UUGAGCAACUAUUUUCUUUUUUGACUCAACCGUACCGACACGCUGUAUGGCCCCUCUUUUUAAGAAAUCCAGCUCUAGAAGCGAGCAGCUGGCCGUGGAGUUCCACGUUUUGUUUCUGAGAGUGGAGGACGUGAAUGUGAAGCCCACGGACAAGCUAUGGUUGCAAUGGAAGCGAAGUGGAAAAAAGGAGAAAUACCAGAUAGAAAGCGCGCCAGCUGGCUCCACAUUGCAGUUGGACCACGAGGUGGUCUUCGUCAAGCAUUUUACCAAGAACAAGACUGGGGAUUACAGCGCAGAGGAGCUCGAAGUGUCGCUAUUUUGCGAAGGUGAGAAAAGAAAGCAGAGAAUAGGAAAGGGGAUGCUCAGUUUGACGUUCUACCUGAUGUCUUGUCCGGAAGACGAGAUGCGGCUCAUGCUUUCGAACUCGUCCGCCACGAUGGCUUUGUUUUACAAAAUAUCGCUCGUGCCCUUGAAGCUUGGGAGGUAUCGUUUGCAGCACGUGCCGGAGUCGUCCAGCAAGAAGCCGCUGGUGAGGAUAGCGGGGUUGGGGUACGUUCUCGCGGACGAGGAGGAGGAGGAGGAGGCGAGGGAGUCGCAGGAGAGGGACCAGUUGGAGGCCUCUACGACCGCGACGAGUUUGACCGCGUCGGAGUCGGAUUGGUCGCCGAAGCCGGAGAGGAAGAGUUCCAAGGGUUUGAUGAGGAAGGUGCUCGACUCGCUAGACUUCCAGGGGAUAAAUUCCUCGGUUCACAGACGCCGCCGGUCUGUGAGCAAGGAGGGUCAUGAGCACGACGAAGGCGCUGAGGAUCAUCUCAACAGGAGCAUGUCACAACGCGAAAAUCGAUACGAUGAAUUGGAGAGAGGGUCGAAGGAGUUGAAGUCGCCUGGUGAGUUGGACGGCGGACCCAACGACCAGCUGGCCGAGUCUGGUGUGGAUCGCGGUGCUCCGGAUGGAGAUAAGAAGCGCGCUGGUAGUCGACGUAGGAAGAAGUCGGUGGGUGGUGGCAGGCCGUCUCACGUUCCAUCCGCGGAGGAGGGCCGUCGAGAAGGUUUGGUCGCGGAAGAGGUUGAGAGGUACAAGUCCGAGUUGGAGGAGACGAAGGGGCGUCUUCGAGAGAUGACAGGCUUAUUGAGCAGGGUGAACGAGAUGUUCCAGGUAGACGGUUUGGACACGGAAGGCGGUGCGCCGUAUGCGGAGGUUUUGGAGUCGCAGUUUCUCAAAUUGAGAGAGGCGAAGGAGAAGAUGGAAUUUGAGGCGGCGUCGCUAAAGGAAUCCCUCAAGGAGAGGACGGAAUCGGAGGCGUUGUCGAAGACUGAAUGCGACCUCAAAUUGGAGGCGGAGAGGCGGAAGAUGGCAGAAAUAGACGUGGAGAUAGAGGAUUACAAGAACAAAAUCAACAAUUUGGAAUUGAGGAUGAUAGAACUAAAGAGCGCCAAGGAGAGCGUGGAGUCGAAUUCGAUGACAGAGCUGAACAACCACAAGAAUAAGGUUAAGGCGCUGGAGCAAGAGAUCUUGAAACUGGCCACUGCUAGAGAAGUCAGGGAAUCGGCCGUGAGGGACGAGAUCGACAAGUAUCGGUGUCAAGUGAACGAUUUGAAGGCGGAGCUAGAGCGACUGAGAAGAGAAUCUGACACGCUAAACGAGGCGCACAGGGAAAAAGCGGCUGAGCUGGAAGAGAAAUCGCGUGUCAUAUUGGAGAUGCAAGCAGAGAACGAGUCGCUGAAAUCGGACAUGGCGAAGGCUUCGGCGCAAACACAAUCGAGUCCACACCACGAACUCCGCGAGGGCGAGAGCGAAGGCCACGAGAGUGAGGUCGAGGGGUACAAAAACGAAAUUGAAGGGUACAAAAACGAAAUAGAAGGACACAAAAAAGAAAUUGAUGGUUACAAAAACGAAAUUGAUGGUUACAAAAACGAAAUUCAGGUUUGCAAGAGCGAGAUCGAGGGCCACAAAAACGAGAUCAAUAGCUGUAAGAGCGAGAUCGAGGGCUACAAGAGCAAGAUUGUGAAUCAAGAGGGUGAAAUCGACGGCUACAAGGGUGAAAUUGAUAGUUACAAGGGCGAGAUCGAUGGUUACAAGAAUAGGGUGGCGAAUUACGAGAAUGAAAUUGAAGGCUACAAGAGCGAGAUUGACGGUCACAAGAGUAAGGUCGUGAAUUACGAGAGCGAAAUUGAAGGCUACAAGGGCGAAAUUGAAGGUUACAAGAAUAAGGUCGUGAAUUACGAGAGCGAAAUCGCAGGCUACAAGGGCGAAAUUGAAGGCUACAAGGGCGAGAUCGAUGGUUACAAGAAUAAGGUCGUGAAUUACGAGAAUGAAAUUGACGGUUACAAGGGCGAAAUUGACGGUUACAAGAAUAAGGUCGUGAAUUACGAGAAUGAAAUUGAUGGUUACAAGGGCGAAAUUGACGGUUACAAGAAUAAGGUCGUGAAUUACGAGAGCGAAAUCGCAGGCUACAAGGGCGAAAUUGACGGCUACAAGGGCGAAAUUGAAGGCUACAAGGGCGAGAUCGAUGGUUACAAGAAUAAGGUCGUGAAUUACGAGAGUGAAAUUGAAGGUUACAAGGGCGAAAUUGACGGUUACAAGAGCGAGAUCGAUGGUUACAAAAAUGAGAUCGACAGCUACAAGAGUGAGAUUGAAGGCUAUAAAAGCGAGAUCGAUGGUUACAAAGAUGAGAUCGAUGGCUACAAGAGUGAAAUUGAAGGUUACAAGGGUGAAAUGGACGGUCAAAAGAGUGAAAUCAUGAACUAUGAGAGUAUAGUUAGAGGUUACAAAAACGAAAUCAAUGAUUACAAGAGUGAGAUUGAAGGAUACAGGAAUGAGAUUGAAGUGUACAGAAAUGAGAUUGAAGGUCAAAAGGGUGAGAUGGACGGUCAAAAGGGUGAAAUGAUGAACUAUGAGAGUAUAGUUAGAGGUUACAAAAACGAAGUUAAUGGCUACAAAAACGAAGUUAACCAUUACAAAAACGAAAUUGAUCGUUACAAGAGUGAGAUUGAAGGGUACGAGAGUGAGAUUGACAGUUACAAGAGUGAGAUUGAAGGGUACAAAAACGAAAUCAAGGGUUACAAGGGUGAGAUUAAAGGUUACAAGAGUGAGAUUGAAGGGUACAAAAACGAAAUCAAUGGUUAUAAGAGUGAGAUUGAUGGUUACAAGAGUAAGGUUGAAGGGUACAAGAGCGAGAUUGAAGGGUACAAAAAUGAAAUCGAUGGUUACAAGAGUGAGAUUGAAGGGUACAAGGACGAGAUUGAUAGUUACAAGAGUGAGAUUGAAGGGUACAAAAACGAAAUCAAUGGUUACAAGAGUGAGAUUGAAGGGCACAAGAGUGAGAUUGAAGGGCACAAGAGUGAGAUUGAUAGUUACAAGAGCGAGAUUGAAGGGUACAAGAGUGAGAUUGAUAGUUACAAGAGUAAGAUUGAAGGGUACAAGAGCGAGGUUGAAGGGUACAAAAACGAAAUCAAUGGUUACAAGAGUGAGAUUGAAGGGCACAAGAGUGAGAUCGAUAGUUACAAGAGUAAGAUUGAAGGGUACAAAAGCGAGAUUGAAGGGUACAAAAGCGAGAUUGAAGGGUACAAAAGCAUGAUUGACGAACGUGAAGGUGAAGCGAAUGAAUUGAAGAUGAAGACUCAUGAGUUGGCGUCUUUAAGGAGCGAGGCAGAAGAGAAGCGUAAAAGUGAGAAAUUAGAUGAAUUAGAGACCGAGGUAGAAGGAUCGCUGAACAGGAGUUUAGAGGAUGAGUUCAUGGCUGAAGGUCAAGAAGAGUCGCUUCAAAAUUUAAAAGAGGCAAUUUGGCUUGUAUUGAGAUCAUACACAGGAGAUAAAAUUGACGAGGAGAGUGACGUGGUUGACCAGAUUGACAUGGUGUUGUUAGAGAAUACGAAGCUUAGAUUAGAGAAUGAGAGGCUUGAAAACGAGUUGAGUACGAGGAGAGAGCAACGGGAGGUUGAUAAGGAGGAGUCCGAGGAGCAUCGGUCGUCGGAGAGGGAUCCGCCGUACGGACGGGAGCAGGACGAGGGGAGGGAAGAGGCGUCUAGUCCUAACAUGGAUUUGAUCAUGAAGAACUCAUUUGACUCGUCGGUGAGGCGCUCAGCGGAGAUGGGACAGGGGGAUUACCUGUCUCAUUUGGUUAGAGUUUUACUGGAGAAUCAGUGUAGUCUCGUGGUGCUAUUCAACGUUUUAGAUCCCGAGCGUUUGAAUCCGAGUUUAGAGAGCAUUCUGGCUUGGUUGGAUCAUCACAGAAAGAACGGGGGGUACGAGGGGUUAGGGAAGAGUCAGCUGGAAGUGAAUCAUUGCAUUUUAGAGAAGAUAAUGGACAACAUUCAGACUCAGUGUCAAGUGUAUCCGAGUCUUCCGUUUCUUUUCGGAUGGAUCCGACAGCUGAGCAUUAUGUCCGAGUCUCUGGAGGGUAGGACUUCGGAUUGCCAGGCUCACGGGAAGUCGUUGACGAUUGAGUUUUACGACUUUCUCGAGAAGACUAAGAGAGAAGUUUUGUCGUCGCUGCUCAGGAAUGUAUGUCAGAAGCAACGCAAGAACUGCGUCGACGGGAUUUUAUGUACAGACGAGCGCGCGAUCGGUGUAGUGUUGGGUAUGCUCACCAAGUUGUUGGAUUACUCGAAUCAUUUUCGACUGUCGGCAUCCGCCAGGGAGUGUUUGUUCGGCCAGUUGUUUUAUUUUUUCAAUUGCGAGGUUUUCAACAGGUUGCUGGAGCAGUCGAAUGCGUUUGUGACGUACGCAAAUUCAUUUCAGGUUAAGAUUCAAUUGUCAUUGAUUACGUCGUGGAUAGAGGACAACGUCCCGGGGCAGGCAGAGGUGCUCAAGUCAAAGUUCGCCCACGUGCAGGAGGCGGCUAAUUUGAUGAUGUGGGACAUGCAAUGCAUUUGCGAGGACGAGUCGCUGAGGGAGGACGUUUUUCCGCAUUUGAAUGCCGGUCAAAUUAUUGCAUUGCUACAGAAUUUGAAGACGGAGCAGGGCGCGACGGGUGUUAAGGAGAGGGCCAUUCGUCGCUACAAAAGGCUCGCGGAAGAAGAGAAGUCGCCGAUUUUUUUGGUGAGCGACACAUUGCCCGCCUAUAUGACGGCCCAGUCGCCGAUAUGUACUGAUUGAAAUUGUUUGGACUGGUAGUAGUGCCAGUCCAUGUUUA